AUGAAAUGGAUCCGUCGAUUCACGAACUACAGGCCUCAUUCUGAUCCGAAAAAACGAACGUGAGCUUAUUCACUGACUUCCUGUUCCGCUAAUUUCAUAAUUUUUCAUACUUCACAGGUUAUACAGGUGGAUUCCAGAACUGCGUACUAAACGUGUUUAGGACUUCACAUCCUUACUAAUAAUAGUUCGAACGUUGAUUUCGACAAUGUUUUCCGUGUGCUCUACAACAGAGUGAGAGCAGGGUCAGUGGCUUGUGCGGAAAUUAGUUUAAAACGAUAGCGGACUUGCGCGGCAUCUGCCGGACUCCCUCCUCCUCCUCCCCCACCUGCGCCCAGUGUCAAGACAUAGUCAAGGAGACCGGAAUUGGGUGAGGGCGUAGUGGCUGGCGCGGCCGAAGCCGCUCAUAGGUGUGCCACCACACCCGACUUGGAUCCCACAGAGUGGGAAUGUCAUAGGGGCCACACUAAGGAGCCAUUGCAACCUGGCUCUCAGUCGACCAGUUCGUCACUCCAAACAAGCACACACUGGGCUGACUGGGAGGUCCGCGUUAUUCCGUCAGUUUUCAACUUUCCAAGCUACGGUUUUUAGUGCACCGCAAUAGCUUCAAACGCGUCAGAUUGUUUAUAGUGAGAAAAAUGUGCUGAGACGUCGACCGCGCUCUUCCCACUCCCAAGCCCCAGACUAUUGUUCUAUCCGGUCAGGUGUGUGAUGCCGGAAGUGGGCUCAGCGACUGACAGAGCCAGAAAGCCCGUCUGAGUGCACCACAUGGACGACUUGACCCACCAUACGCUCACACCAGGAUUACACAAGGGGGAAGGAAGGCUUGGGUCUCACAUUCAACAGAGGAGCUACACAAAUCGAGCCAUCGGCACCGCAGAUCGUCCUGUCGACCUGCCGCCGGAAUAGAAGAUUGUCCAGCAGCUGUCAGCGCCGCGAUUGGAGGAGCAUCCAUGUCGUCUUUUUGCACAUCGGAAGGCUGAGAGUGUUGUUCAGCAGAAGGCGAUGUGCCGCGCAGGUUCGCGGAAGAAGGGGGUCGUUUUCGUUACAACCGCCACUUCCGUGAUGGCCGAGCACUCCCUCCAAGGCAGCGUGGUCUGUCCCGACGCGGACAAUCAACUUAUCCGCCUUCGGCACGGACGCCAAGAGGGUACGCAGGUCUUCGUAGAAUUUGUUCUUGGCCUCGUCAGAGCUGGUCAUUGGAGGAAGCCGUGGGCGCCAAUUAUGGUGGCGAAUUUGGAUCCUCGAAGAGGCAAACGCAGGAUCAUCAGUUGAUCGUUGAUGCGCUGCAGAAGCCAGGCCAGUCGUCCCACGAAGUCGUUCCGAAUGGCAAAUGCGAUGCCUGUGUCGCAUCGCUCUGCCUUUGGGCGUCGGCACCCACCUCCUGUUGACCUUGUUCGAAAAAGCAGGUUUCACUGAGAGCAGUGACGUCCAUUUUGAGGCGCCCCAGUUCUCUAGCGACUAGUGUCGUCUUGUGUUCCGAUCGGUUGCUCCUCGAGUUGUCUAAAAGGGAACGAGUAUCCCAGGCUUCCAGAGUGAGCGGACUCACUUAAGCAGCCCGUAGGGCACAGAAAGGGAUGGAUAUGGGAUUGUUGUUGUUUCUUUGAGUGUUUCGACCACGCGUUCUGCAUCUACGAGCCACGGUCAGCAUGCAGAGGACGUGAUCCCAGCACUUGUCUAGGGCACAUGCCGAACUCCACUAUGUGUCACGACUUUUGGAGAACGACCCGAGUUAGCCUGGGCUGCCUACUGGAUUGUAUGUCGCUCUCUCCGUAAGACCUUUGAAAGUAGGGGAGAGGGGGAGGGGGUAUGGGAAGGGGAGCAAAAUUGCCGGAUGUGGGGACACACAGCACCGGAAGCCGUUGCUUGGUUUAGUCCGUCGGUCGAGGCGCUUACCCGGGUUUGGCGGUCAGGUAGAGCCUAGCUUAGAGGAGCCACAUGUGAGAGUUGGGUGCUAGUUACUGGACGUUAGACGCAGUUACCACCUGCACUAAACAAAUGGUGCGACCUACUAGGACUCUCACGUGGAACCUACAGCUGUACACUCCUACACCCUACAUCCUUACUAAUACUCAGACACGGGCCCCUGUCUGGGUUGUUGACAAUUUGCGAGGCACCUUUGUUCAUCAUUGCUAUUUUCUUGCGUUUUUUCCCGACCGCCAACGUUUCCAACUGUCAGUAAUGAACUGAGUGUCAAAUAUACGAAGUGACAUCAGUCAGCCAGGAGAAAUCCCUUUGGGUCGCUCACUCUCUUAGGUUAAUAAGUUGCAGGUCAUACAGACCAAACUGGGAUGCAUGCGCGUGUAGGCCUGUCCGCCAGCUUCCUUGCGGCGAUAUAUGUUCUGGCUGGUUAAGUUCGCCCUGGCUGGUAUACCGUUUUGGUCGGUUAUAGUUUAGACCCCGAUAGCCUUUCGAGGGGAUUUUCCCUCUGAGCUUCGCCGCCUUGGCUGCCGACUAAAAAAACGGGCGUUUGUAGUAAAGUCACCUGUUUGGAGUUUAAUGGUCACGCCAGCUUUCAAGUUCGAUAGUGAAAUGCUAACCGAGCAACGGUUAACAGAUGUCUGUCCUCAGUCGCAAAGCAUAUGAUGUACGGAUCCGCUAGCCUGUGAUCUCAAGAACCCUUUAAGCUUGUUUUUUUUUUGUCGUGUAGUCAGAAGCAUGGACUUUUAAUCCAAUCAGUGCCCACUAAUUAACUUCUUUUGCGUUGUGCUCAUUACCCUUUACCUUGUUCCCACAUAACAGGAGGUCCUGUUUUACCAUCUGACCAACUUAUUUCGACGAGUUCACUGGCCCCAUGCCCUUUCUCACCUAGGAAAAUUUCUCUGUACUAUGGGAGCGGUGACUUCUGCCAGGAAGUUCAAACUCGCCGAUCUGUGGUGCUGACGCUCCAGUAAGUCCAGCGAAUGUCUCUCCGAGUAAAAUUUGCGUUGCUUCUUCCACCUACCUCUUCCCUCAUCGUUUUGUUUUUUUUUUAUUAUCGCUCGGUUUGCAGAUUUCAUGUUUUUAAUCACGAUUUUUGCACAAACUUUCUUUAACUGUCGUUAUCUAUAAGUCACCCUGCUGGUUUCGAUCCUGCUCUUGCCCCUGUCGCUGUUUUUUCCAUAACUUACCUGCAAUUUCCGUCUGGUCUAGAUGCCAGCCAGCAGCCAAGUCGACCGUGCAGUUGUCCUUUUCGGAACCCAACACGUGCCACUACUCGAUCACCGUGAGUACUUUUAAAUUUAAGGAAUGAGAUUAUCGGUAGGUCGUUUAAAUUUUGUACGCCACGAAAAUAUGCUGCUUUGAGAAGUUAGCUUGGAUGUCAUCUUAUACACUCUCCGCCUCGCAGGAUUAUACUUUCUCAUUUCCACGUUCGAUUAUGCUAAAUGUCAUGAUACAGCUUGCGCGUUGUGGCGGUUCUGCACCCGUUUGGAUAUUGAUGUAUUGAGUUCACACCAGUACCUUGCAUUCCACCCGAAAACCGAGUGCGUAACACGCGCAGGUGAACUGUCUAGAUCUGUCGGCCACUUGCGUACAGUAGACUAGUGCCUCGGAGAGGGAAUAGAGAGAGUGUGACACGGACUCUGAGACUGCGUCUCCAAAGCACUCAGCGCAUACUCCUUACUGCAAACAGUCUGACCCAUUUCCAAACUAUCACGGUGCGCCAAAAGCCACGACUUGGAAGGCUGCCAACUGAUGGGAUAACUCACUUCUCACAUCUAUAUAUUCUUAUAGCAGGGCGAACUCCCGACAUUGGUACUAGCAUCUUUAAACUUAUUACCACCCUUCUGAGCAUCAGAAAGUCCAUCACUAAUGGAAUGUUUUCUCCAAAUAUAGCAGUUGAUGCUUAACGCAAUCCUCUCUUUAUAUCUCCGCAGGGCUAGGUUGAGUUCCUGAAGGAUUAAGUGGUCUUAGUCUUUUCCUCGUUUAAAUAGAGAUCUGCUUUGGUUUUGUUGUUGAGUAAAUGUGUGCCCGACAUCUGUGCUUGUCUUUCACAUAUCAGUUUAUCGGUACCUGUUCAUUUUGUCAAUUUCGAUUUUGGAAUUUUAAUGGAAAAUGCCUGAUGAAGAGGGAAGAACCACGAAGACAAGGGAGACUCUGAUAGCCAUUUUCGACUUAUUGACCGUCAACAAGUUAUGCUUAAUCGCAAGUCUCGGCAAUCUGGGACUCAAAUCUACGUUCUUUUGUCACUGGGGCAUUAAUCCAGGCGUUGCACCAUUAAACCAUGGCCGGUAGUCUCAUCGUUACAGUCGGAGAUAUUAGUUCACCCAUCUGACUACCGUCUUGCGACCUCAGUUAAGAGCCCUGACAGACAGUCAUAUAGUGACACGUAACGAUGCAAGCAGAAGUAGCCUUCGACUUAAUUCAUGAGGGCCCCGGAUUAACCUGGCCGGAGCCUGGAGUGUGGCUGGCUGACUGGUGAUAGCUGGUAAGGCAGAAAUGUCCGCGCGAGUUUCUAUUCGUCGGUAUGUCUUUCGCAUCACCACUUUCUCCUGUGAGUACGCGCUGAGUGCUUUGGAGACGCAGUCCCAGAGUCCGUGUCACUCUCUCUUCCCUCUUCGAGGCACCAGUCCACUGUACGAGCCGGUCAGUCAUUUGAUGUGGAGUUUGGGCGCAAGUGGUCGACAGAUCUAGACAGCUCACCUGCGCGUGUCACACAGGAACAGGUCCUUCAAACAGCACACCCGGGUUUCACACAAAGGGAGUAGAAUUCAAGGUACUGGCGUUAAUUCGAACAAUUCAUCGGUAUUCAGACGGACGCAGAACCGCCACAACGUGCAAGCUGUAUCAUAACAUAUGACGUAGGCUGUAUAUGCGGAAGCUCCAAAUUCACGAUCAUGUUCCGCGGUGCAGCGGAAUCAGCGAACACCACGCUGAUAUAAAGUUUAAAUUUACACUUUUUAAGUAAUUUAACUCAACUUUUUUCAUUGGCCUUCCCUAGACUACAACAAAACUGCCCAUAAAAAUUUCCAUGCUGAGAAAAGCUUUCGCAUACACAGCAUGCCUAUUUUUUAGUAUUGUGCGCUACAGUUAGACCAGCGAAUUUCUUAUUGGCGGCGUGCGAUUUCGUUCUUUUUUGCGGCAUCCUUAAUAUGUAUUACUUCUGUUAAUCUAGCCACAGUUGUGCAAUAAGCGAACAUUGUAAACCCCUUUUGGAAUUUCCUUCAGAUUUGUUGACUGGGUGUUUUUUUGCCUUCCGUCCACAGUUGGAGAGUGCCUUGUUUUGCGACAUUGUGAAACGAUCAGACGAGAAUGGCAUCCUUCCCCUACCGGUUUAG